AUGUCGACUCUAGUUCCCACAUACUUUUCAAAAAUCUCCAAACUUUAUCCUGCUCAUGUACAAUCAAAUCAAACUGCGCGAUACAACCAGCUAGUAGAAACAUUUAAAAAGCGGUAUGACGGUUGUAGCCCCUCCUUCAUCGCUCGUUCGCCUGGACGUGUAAACCUUAUUGGGGAACACAUCGAUUACACGGGAUUCGGUGUUUUGCCAAUGGCCAUAAGUCGUGAUGUACUUAUUGCUGUUUCAUACAAUGAUGAUGACGAUAACGGCGAAAUAGUUGUGGAAGUCUCCAAUAUGCAAAAUACACGUUACCCGGACAGAAAAUUUGUGUAUCUGGGUAAAGAACGUGUUGUUGAUAUUGAAAAUGAAGAGGGAGUCGUGGAAUGGAGUAAUUAUUUCAAGUGUGGAUAUAAAGGUGUACUUCAACACCUUAAAUUAGAUCAUCCUAAAGGAAUGCGUUGUUUGAUUGAUGGGAAUGUUCCGGAAGGUAGUGGGUUGUCUAGUUCGGCAGCGUUUACUUGCUGUGCGGUGUUGGCUACUUGUUUUGCCAAUAACGCCCAGUUGAAUAAAAUUCAAUUGACAGAGAUUGCUGCCUCGUGUGAGAGAUUCAUUGGACUUGGUACCGGAAACAUGGAUCAAACAGCCUCCAUCUGCUCUCUUCUCGAUCAUGCACUCUACGUAGAAUUCCUCCCCACACUAACAGCAACACCCAUAAAAUUACCAUUCACCAAUCCGCCUCUGGCAUUUGUAAUCGCCAAUACACUUGUCAAGGCCGACAAAGUAACCACCGCGCCUACAAACUACAAUCUACGUGUAGUUGAAGCAAAAAUCGCCGCGUAUUAUUUGGGCCGACAACUUUUCAACACAGAUUGCGAGAUCUUACGAAAUGUGGUGGAUUUGUACGAUUCUGAUAAUCACGAAAAGGUCGUCACUGUGGAAAAAUUGAAUGCACUUUUACGCGAGAUUGAUCGGUUAUUUGAGAAGAAACAUGAAGGAUAUCGAUUAUCGGAGCUUUCGAUUCUUUUGGGGUUGGAUAUUUCAGAAAUCAAGUGCCGAUUUAUUGGACAGUAUAUUAUACGUGCAGAAACUUUCCAUUUAUAUAAGCGCGCGAAACAUGUGAUAGAAGAGUCGUUAAGAGUAUUAAAGUUUUAUGAGGCUUGUGUACGGGGUUGUGAUGCAGAUGAUGAGGAUAGCAAAAGCGAAGAGUUAUUUGACACACUGGGCAAGUUGAUGAAUCAAAGUCACAUAAGCUGUCGUGACCUUUAUGAUUGUUCGUGUAAGGAAUUGGACGAUCUUGUCGAAAUAUGCUUGGAGAAUGGGGCAAAGGGAAGUCGAUUGACUGGCGCCGGAUGGGGUGGAUGUACCGUAUCCUUAGUUCCUUUGAAUAUUGUUAAUAGUUUCAUACGUAAUGUUCGUGAGAAAUAUUAUCAACCACGGUUUCCAAAUCUAAGCGAAGCAGAAUUAGAUGAUGUCAUAUUUGCGGCUACUCCGGGAAGCGGGGCGGCUGUUAUCAUUGGUUUAUGA